AUGGCUGAGGGACGGACGUGCAACAGCAGCGAGAGCGAAAUGAAAAUAUUCAGGACAGCGCCGUGCAUUCCUGAGAACCUCCAAGCCAAUCUGAGCUGCAGUGACAAUGUGGCGUCCAUGUCGUGGAGCUACAGCAAAGGACCAGGACACAUUUACCAAGUGAGGGCUGUGGGUACCGAUGGCCACGUGGAUGAGUGCAACUCCCAUGAGAACCAGUGUGAUCUGACAGGUCUGCGCUGUGGACAGUAUUACACAGCUACUGUGAUGGCACAAAACAGUGACUGCACAAGCAAACCGAGCAACAGUGUGAGAAUCAAGACCGUGCCCUGCACCCCUGCAAACGUCUCCUCUGUGGUGGACUGUGAGGCCAAUUCUCUGAUUGUGUCCUGGUCUGAGAGUUCAGGAGCCGACUCCUACAUCGCCACAGUCCAGGACAGUAACGGUCAGACCACAACCUGCCAGGGUACAACCAGGGGCUCCUGCAAUGUGACAGGAGUUGGCUGCGGUCAGAUCUACCAUGCCUCCGUGGUCUCCUCUGAUGGAUACUGCAACAGCCCGUCCACUCCUGGGGUUAACACAUCUUCAGUUCCCUGUAAGCCGAGACUUAUCAAGGCAGUGUUGGACUGCUACGCGCAGAUGGCCAUUGUGGGAUGGUACCCAAGUGAUGGAGCUUUGAAGUAUGUGGUUACGGCCAUCUCCGCGUCAGGCCACACUGUCACCUGUGAGGCCAUCACCACCAACUGUGAUCUAGAGCGGCUGCUUUGUGGCCAGAGCUACUCCAUCUCUGUCAAAGCUGUGGGACAGACCUGCAGCAGCAUCGCUAACAUGACCGGACAGUUGGUCACUGACCCGUGCAUCCCUGAGGGCAUCACUGCUCAGUACAGCCGGACGAUUGGCCAUGUGCAGUGGGACAGUUCCAAUGGUGCUAAUUACUACACAGUUGAAGGAGAAACAGAGCAGGGCCUGACGGUCUCCUGCACCACCAGUGAUAACUACUGUGCCUUCCAAAACAUGUUGUGUGGCCAGAUGUACAGCUUCCAUAUCACGGCAAACAAUCAGGUGUGCCAAGGCGUGUCCACGUCGACCAAAUCAGUUACGAUUAUGACAGAGCCUUGCCCGCCCAACUACGUGCAGACCGAUGUGCAGUGUCAGACCAACAUGGGGACUGUGUCGUGGGAGGCCAGUUUUAGUGCAGUGGGCUACACGGCCCGUCUCGCUGGGCGCGAUGGCCACUCCCUGUCCUGCUUCACCAACAACACUUUUUGUAAUAUAGAAGGCUUACACUGUGGAAUCACCUACCACACGAACGUCAUUGCUAUCGGAGAGAUACUCAACAGUAGCCUCUCCACUACUGUCCUGCUAGUCUCAGCUCCCUGUGCAGCUGGAAAUGUGGCCGCUAAAAUUGAUUGCUAUAAUAACACAGCCAACGUCUCCUGGAGCACAGCCAGUGGCGCAAACUCCUACGUGGUUAAUGCCAUAGGAACGGAAGGCAACCAGGCUUCAUGUGAGACCCUUGCGCGCCAUUGUGAUUUAUCAGAGCUGCAGUGUGGUCAGACCUAUAACAUCAGCCUCACAACCAUCAGCGACCAAUGCCAGGCCGAGACACACACUAAUGUCACCUUCAGCACACGGCCCUGCAGACCUUGGCUUGUUGGAGUGGACCAGGAGUGUGGGACGAGUACAGCCAACAUGUACUGGGAGGAAAGACAGGGAGUGGAGCUCUACAUGGCUACUGCCACCUGCAACAUGGGAAAGACUCUGAAGUGCAACUCCACCAACUCCACCUGCCAGUUCUCCAACUUGUCCUGUGGGAGAACUUACAACUUCUCAGUAACUGCAUACGGAAACAUGUGCUACAGUGAAGUCAGCAGCACUGUGGAGAUUCAGACAGCACCCUGCCAGCCCGCUGGUCUCACAGUAAGCGGGUCAUGUGUCAAUGACACGGUGGUGUUGCAUUGGUCAGCGGCUGAAGGGGCAUUAGUCUACGAGGUGACUGCCACAGGAGACCUUGGAUAUGUCACAUCUUUCCAAACCAAUGAGACAGUAAUAGAGGCAGAGCUGCUCUGCGGACAACUAUUUACCUUUACUGUAAAAGCUCAAGGUGAUCAAUGUGACAGCGUUGUGAGCCAGCCUAAGAAAUUCAAGACAGGUCCCUGCGUGCCCGAGUAUGUACAGAGCUUUGGACAGUGUGAGAACAAUCUGGGCUCGGUCAGUUGGGCCAAGAGCGACGGGGCAGAGUCCUACAUGGCCAUCGCAGUGGGACUUGAUGGCCACACCCACAUGUGCUCCACAAACACCACCAGCUGCACCUGGAACGACAUGCACUGUGGCGAGCAGUACACCAUUCAUGUCGUUGCCAAUGACUACCUGUGCAGUAGCAUGCCGAGCAAAAGCGUUUCAAUACAUAUGGCGCCCUGUAUUCCUCAGAACUUGAAAUCAUCUCUAAACUGCACUAUUAAGGUGGGAUCGCUAACCUGGAAUGCCAGUGAAACUGCUAAGUUUUACAUCGUGACUGCAGAGAACAACAGUGGCCACAAAGUGCAGCUCAGCACCAACGAUACCUGGACCUUUAUUUCUGAGUUCCUGUGUGGCCAGGAGUACUUCCUGUCUGUUCAGGCGGUAGACUCUGUGUGCACAAGCAGUCCCAGUCAGCCUUCAAAGCUCAAGUCAGAGCCCUGCCCACCCACUGGAGUCUCCAGCUUCAUGAACUGCCUCUCUAACAUUGCUGUGGUGUCGUGGAACAACUCGGCUGGGGCAGAGUUCUACACUGCCACAGUGACGCAGAAAGACGGCCAAUCGGCAAGCUGCUGGUCUGACAGCAAGCAGUGUGGCAUACCUAACGUCCGCUGUGGACAGAACUACACAGUGACCGUCAUCGGCUCGAGGGAAAAGUGUAACUCUGACCCCAGUAAGGCGCUGACACUGCUGUCAGUGCCUUGUGUUCCUACGGAUGUGGAAGUGAAGAUGCGCUGCUCUAAAAAUCAGGCUGUUGUGUCCUGGAGUGCCAGCGAGGGUGCUCUGUCCUACAAAGUGACAGCUCAGAGCUCAGAGGGAGCCAUGUUGCUUUGUGAGAGUGCAACCCUAAUGUGCACCUUAACCAACCUGACCUGCGGCCAGUCCUACUCUGUCCAGGUGGUGGCGCAGGACAAUAGUUGCUCAAGUUUACCCAGCCCUCCUACAAAUUUCAGUUCAGUUCCCUGCACACCUAACAUUGGCUCAGUGGUUCUUGAUUGUUACACAAACUCUGUCCUCUUGGAGUGGGCCUACGCUGAGGGUGCCUUGACCUACACUGCAACAGCCCAGUCUUCUAGGGGCCAUGUAUCCACCUGCACCUCUGACAUUACCAACUGCGAGCUGCAGGACCUGCAGUGUGGCGAAACCUAUAAUGUGGUCACUGUGGCCUCAAAUGAGAAGUGCAGCAGCCCCCCAAGCACCAUUUCGCAGGUGAUGUCAGUGCCUUGUCCUCCCGGAGAUGUUGUGGCUGUACUACAAUGCUCUAACAACACAGCCCGUGUGAAGUGGCAACCCAGCAGAGGGGCUGAUUUUUACAUUGUCGAAGCCUUCGGCAUGGAAGAACAUGUAUCUGGCUGCGAGACGAACACACAGUCCUGCAUCCUUGAUGACCUCAAGUGUGGCUUCACCUAUAACAUCAGUGUGAUCGCUGUUAACAGUGUGUGCAAUGUCUCGCAGAGUGACGAAAUACAGCUGCAAGCAGUGCCUUGCGUACCGCAGCAGGUGGAGGCCAGGGUGGUUUGUGCGUCUGAUGCUGUGGCGGUCUCUUGGGAGCCUAGCAAAGGAGCAUUAUCAUACACCACAGUUGCCCAGGGAAACGGCGGCUACGCAUCGACUUGCAACAGCAGCCAGACAACAUGCCUCUUUGAUGAGUUGCUGUGCGGCCUCAACUACUCCAUCACUGUUAGUGCUUCAGAUGAGAAGUGUAGCAGUGCUGGAAGCUCUGCUGUGCAGCUCAACACAGUGCCAUGCGUGCCAUUACACGUAACAGCAGCGAUGGUGUGCAGUAAUAACACUGGCAUUGUGUCAUGGGAACAAGGAGAGGGUGUGUCCUCCUACAUGGUGCAAGCUUUUGGGCCCAAUGGUAACAAGGCCAUGUGUAACAGUACUGUAAACAGUUGCCAGCUAAGCAACAUGCAAUGUGGCCAGCUCUACAACCUGACAGUGACAGCUCAGGAUGGACGGUGUGACAACAGCCGCGCCUUCCUCAACCUGCAGUCAGUGCCUUGCAGGCCAACCAACGUUAAGGCUUCCCUACAGUGCCAAUCGAACUCUGCUGCAGUGACAUGGGAACCAGCCAGUGGAGCACUUUCCUAUCUUGCAGUGGGUGUUACAGCCAGUGGAAGCCAUCAUACUGAUUGUAACAACACCAUGACCCACUGUGAUCUAAGAAACCUGCAGUGUGGACAGACCUACAAUGUGAGCGUAUUCAGCCAGGAUGAGUCCUGUUCCAGUGUGGAGAGCAACAAGGCUUUCACUCGUACAGCUCCUUGUAAACCCCAGAAUGUGGCUGUUGAGGUACACUGUGAUGAUGGUGCUAUGGCCAUAUCUUGGUCCCCCAACCCAGAUGCCCAGUACUUCCAUGUAGUGGCAGUGAGCAACACUGGGGCGAGACUCCACUGUAAUUCCAGUGGUGUGGCCUGCAUCAUAAGCAAUUUAAUGUGUGGACGGAACUACACCGUUACUGUCCUGUCUGUAAGAGACGGCUGUGAGAGUAAGCCGAGCGCUGUGGUGCAGACUUCCUCAGCUCCAUGUGUGCCCAGGAACACUAAGGGAUAUCUGGACUGUGUAUCAAACUCUGCCUGGGUGACAUGGGACGCCUCAGAUGGAGCCCUUAGCUACUUUGUUCUGGCCAAAGGGAUCAGAGGUCACAACUCCAGCUGCACUACCACCUCCUCUUCCUGUCAAGUACCAGAUCUGAAAUGUGGGAUGCUUUACACCUUCUCCGUCACCGGUGUUAACAAACAAUGUUACAGUAAUCGCAGCACCACCUUUGACCUUGAGACAGGUCCUUGUGCUCUAUCAUCCAUUAGUGCAGUGACACAAUGCAACAGUGACACAAUCCUAGUUCAAUGGGAGAUGUCGGAUAACACACCCCUCUACGUGGUGACUGCUGAGGGCCAAGACCAAACCCUCCUCUCCUGUAACAGCACCUCCAAUUCAUGUGAACUCCCGAAUAUCCACUGCGGCAUGCAAUAUAGCAUCAUAGUAUCAACUUCUUCUAAUAAGUGCAGCAACCUCAGAAGCCCACCGAAGAAGAUUAAUACAGCGCCCUGUGCCCCAGACAGUGUGAAAGUGGUAACACUGUGUGAGAAAAAUGAAGCCACAGUGACUUGGAGAAACUCCCUUGUGGCUACAUCCUACCUACUGGUGGCCACAGGAAGGGAUGGACAUGUUGCGAGCUGCAACACCACGAUGAACAACUGCACCCUGGCUCGUCUGCACUGCGGACAGUCGUACAGCUUAAGUAUCACCGCCAGUGGAGACAACUGUACCAGCCCGCCCAGCAUUUCAACCUUCACAACAGUGCCCUGUGUGCCCUCUGGUCUCACAGUGGAUAUUGAUUGUAAGACCAACUUUGCCACCCUGUCUUGGAAAGCCAGUGAGGGCGCUCUGGAGUAUUUUGGCCGUGUCCAGUCUAUGAAUCGAGACACACUCUUCUGUCACAGCUCUGUCACCUCCUGUACAUUCAAAGGCCUGGAAUGUGGUGGCGUUUACAAUUUCUCCGUUGAAGCCUCUAACAGCGUCUGCAACAGCUCAUUUAGUGCACCUCUGCAAAUGGGAGCAGCACCAUGCGCUCCAACUACUCUGAAAGUCCGAAUGCAGAGAAUAGGACAAAGUCACUGGGCCAUGACCUCAUGGGAUAGUGUCAAUUGUUCUGAUGAGUACCUUGUGAAAAUAAGCGGUCGAAUCCAGAACAACCCACAGGCCCUGAUGGAGGUCUCUUCUUACUGGCUGCCCAGGAGAUACUUUGAGUUCCCAAUGCCUUGCAGCACAUCUUAUAACCUCACUGUACUCUCAAGAAACUCAGCCGGGGUCAGCAAGCCAUCCAGUGCCUUUACUGGAGUCACAGUCCCCUGUGCUCCACAGAAUGUGAAAUACGCUGGUAACAGACAGACUGCUGUGCUUUUCUGGGAUGUAUCAGUGUUUGCCACGAGUUACACUGUCUACAAUGUGUCGGGGACAGGCCGUGUCAAGCUUUGCAGCACCACCGGGCUCUCCUGCGAGUUGACCAACUUCAAUCCUUACACCACUGAAGUGAUAGCCAGCAAUGCAGAGGGAGAGAGCAACGCUAACCGAAAUAUUACAGGUCCAGUAGUAACUCGCAGAAGAAGAGAUUUGCGGGCCACCAAAGUCUAUGCCCAUUUUGACAAAGAACUUGAAAUCCCAGAUGUGCUGACUGUAACAGUAAGUGGCGUUUCCUUGUACGUGAAUUGGACGACAGUGAAGGAUGCAACCGAGUACACACUCGUGAUCGAAGAGGAACAGAGAGAGCUGCAGGCCAAUCAACAACCUAGAGUGAGAACCGUGGAAGGUGACUUUUACAUAGAGACUGAUCUCAAUCCCUGGACAACCUACUGUAUCAGAUUAGCAGCCAAAAACACCAUCAACCAAAGUGACUACUCCAGCCCAAUGUGCAGAACCACUGGUGCCUCCGAAUGAAAUACCACAGAGCCACUUAAAAUAAUAAUAAUAAUCUUUAUUUGUAGAACACUUUUCAAAAACAAGUUACAAAGUGCUUUAACAAGUGUAAAGACCAUAGAACACAUAAAAACAAAUGAACACUGAACCCCGCUGAAAUACCAUCAUGUGGGUCAUAUGUUUGUCUUAUUUACUGUAGCAUCCAUAACAGAAUUGUUACAAGAUAAAUUUAUGAAAACUUUAGAAGGAUAGUGUAAAAAGAAAAUAAUUACAACUACAAGGCUAUAACAAAAUUAUUUUGUUUGGGGUACGUCUUACAUGUCACACAUAAAUUACGAUAAAACCAGGGCACCUUUAGAUUUGAACGCUUAUAAUCUUUGUUAACAAUAGUGAAUGUACAUUUUCAUAAUUGUGGCUGGUAUCAUAGCAGCAUGUGGCAUCAUAGCUGUCUAAUAAAGUUUUGCUGAAAUUAUAUUGUGUAAAAAUGUUUUUAUUUUAGGUUAUUAGAUUCUCUGCA